UCGGUUGCGAAAUUCGAAUAACAUUCUUAAUAAACUUUCUAAAUUGUGAAAUAACGCUUUAAAGACGCAUACAGUUUUCUUGGAUGCAAGAGUCAUGACCUUCUAGGACAAGUAACAUGCCCAGAGACAGAGACAUGACUGUAAGUGCACAGGUGCUUAAGCAAAUGAUGAAGCCGCCGGUAGCCGUGAAAAACACCAUGAUCGCCAUGUUGAUGCUUCUGGGAUAUGAGAGACCCAUCCGGCAGGGACAGGACUGGGACCUCGUUCUGAAAGUCCUCAGUGGGCGGGGAGAGAACUCUAUCAGCCGGAGGGUGGAUGCCUUUGACGUCAGCACCGUCACACCGGAACAGGCGCAGUACGCACGCGCAAAGAUCAAGCCCUACUCAGCGGAGAUGGUGGAGUCAGCCGCCAAUGCGGCCUGUGUUUUCUUCGGAUGGGUUGAGUCAACGCUCGCCAGCUGUCCCCCGGACCCCCUCCCAGACACUUGCAAGUGACGUCACUGACAGGAAGCAGCUGACACCCAGAGCACAGUGCGAGUCGGAUACAUUGGAUGCAGUCUGGGCCAACUAGAUGUUCCUUUAUGGUUGAGGCAACGGUCAAAAGCAACCACUUUGGCGACCGAUUCGGCUGAAGACUUUGAUUGACAAACAUAUUAUGUUAAGGGUCACAGUCUUAUUAAAUAGAAUUCAGUCAAAUUGCGCCAGAGAGAAUGGCAGCUUUUACCUCAUCAUGAAGGCAAAAUCUAAAAGAGCCCAAACUGAUUAAAUGCAUUCUUCGGGUUUGUUUUUCCGUUUAGGUUUCGUGUCCUAUUUAGCGCCUGUAACUAUUUGCCAGGCUACUUGCAAAAUAUGUGAACUUGGUAGAUCUAGUAAAUUGUAUGUCUAAAAAAA